CCCGGACGGUUUUGGUGGACGGUGAAUGAAUAAAUUUUCGCAAACACCGGUACCGAUCCGGCCGGAAGGAGUUUCCGUUGGCGGAAAUUAGCAAAACCACGCUGCAAUCGCCGGUGACGCGUGGAAUGACUCGAGUCGUAGCUAGGAAAGCCCAUCGGAAGUGCAAAUGCAACACCAUGAACGCAAGUCUCCCGCUUAUUGCAGCGUUUAUCAAUUUUAUCAUCAUUUGUUUAGCAGACACACUCAGCCCGGAGAUGCAAAUGUACUGGGAAAACCACAUGGUGCAGCCGUACUUCGAUAACACCACCAAGCGCGAAGUGACGGCUAUUGCUGGGCAAACCUGCCAGCUACAUUGCCGCGUGAAGAGUCUCGGGGACAGAGCGGUAUCAUGGAUACGAAAGCGCGAUCUACACAUACUGACGGUGGGGAUUCUUACCUACACCAACGACCAGCGCUUCCAGUCGCUGCACACAGACGGAAGCGAUGAAUGGACGCUGCGAAUAACUUCACCGCAGGCCCGCGAUUCGGGUGUGUACGAGUGUCAGGUGUCAACCGAACCGAAGAUCAGCCAAGCAUUUCGCGUGAACGUUGUCGUUUCGAAAGCGAACAUCCUGGGCAACUCGGAACUGUUCGUUAAGAGCGGCAGCGACAUCAACCUGACCUGCGAGGCCCUACAAUCACCACAGCCACCUUCGUUCAUCUACUGGUACAAAGGUGGCCGGGUAAUCAACUACUCACAGCGCGGCGGCAUUAGUGUGCUGACGGAGCAACAGACCCGCACCAGCCGGCUGGUCAUAUCGCGAGCUUCUCCGUCCGACUCCGGCAAUUAUACCUGCGCUCCGAGUAACUCCGAUUCGGCCAGCGUUGUGGUUCACGUCAUCAAAGGCGAGCAUCCGGCCGCGAUGCAACACGGAAUAAAUGGCGCUAACGUGGCUCAUUCAUCAACAUAUAUAGUUAUGGUGAUCAUAUCGGUCUGGUUGAAGCUUCUUCUGCUUGCACCGGCACCAUCGAGUGCGUCCCCAGCAUGUGCAGCUGUGCGAUAGAUAAGCUACGAGAAACAUGAAACCAUCUACAAAGUAUUCAGUAACAUCAAGCGACAGCCUGCCUCCUUCAUCUCUCAUUAACCCACCUCAUGCGGAUUAGUGCCCCAGCUACGAAGGUGGUUCCCGAUCUUCCCGGCUACGACGUUUUCCCGCAAGCCAUCAAUUGCAGAAUGUGUUUGUGCCGAUGGUUCUUCCUAGCAUGACACAGAAUCUAUCUUCAUCCGGAUAUGCCGUUGCCGAGCGGUAGACAAGGGGCUUUGACAAGGGGAAGUUCCAAACAGACCGAUGAAUGAACCAACGAACGUGCUGACAAAGACGAACCCGUGUAUAAGAUUUUGCAAAGGUGCUCACCACACCGCGCGAGGACAUCCGGAUGUAGUUAGGGACUCGUUUUGGGGUGAAAGAAAAACCGACACAAAAUAGCAUGGCAGGCGCCGUAUCGCAGGGCGUAGGGCGUCAUCGAAUCGAGCGAAAAGAUAACUAAAUUCCACCGUGUCAAAGCUGAGAUAAUAUCCUUCGUGCAGGUAACCCACCACCCCGGUUAGCUGGGGACGCAUGGGUGAGUGUGUCCUCGACGGAGAGGUUGCUAAGGCUCAUGGCAGCAGCGACCCAGAAUGAUGAAAGCAUCCUUUCGCCUGCAGACCUGAUAAAAAGAUAAACAUGAAAAGAAAACAACACCUGAAGAAGCAGCCCGCUGAAGCUUUGCUGAAUAUGACAUACUGACAGUGCUGGCUCACGUGUCCUUGUCGCUUGGCAAAGCUGGCAAAAAGGCGAGAACACGCUCGGCAAGUGCGCGUUCGCUUCCUCUUCAAGGACGGCCUUUUCAUCUCUGCAUGCGAACGGCUAGGAGACUGGGGUUUCGAUUCAAGCCAGUGAAGCAAGGACGUCCCUGUCUGCCCCCCCACAUCGUAGCACACAGCAUGCUACACGAUCACGUACGAUUCGUUCGUUGUUUUGUGCGCCCAAGCCCCCAACACCGGCGAACCGUAUGGUGCACAGCAUCACGAAGGCAGACGCGAAAAGAGUAAAGAUUUGUUGCGCGAGCUUACACGGCCGCAACGAAACGGUACGCGAGCUUUGCUGAUUUCACCCGAGACAUCGAGUGCUUUCGUACAUUCAUACACCCAAGAAGGGGUUUUGCGGGUGGUGGGAUCUCCAUCCCUGCCAUACUGCCCCGCACCCACUGCGCCCGCCCAGAGUUCCAGACAAAAGUUUAUCAUACUCGUGUAUGACGAAAGCUUUGGGGAAUUCCAAAUUUCCGACUGCUUCCAAAUCCUUCCUGAGAAGCGAACGCCGUGCUGAGAAAGUUUUCUCACCUAAUGGGUAUUUCGCUUAUGCCGGUGUGCCCGGGUAGCGCUCGCGACUUUGUGUGGCUUGUGCCGUGCGGGAUAGCUUAACAUAACAUUAACAACACAAAUCCUUCGUUCCUUCAUUCGGCAUGAGUACUGCACUACCCUACGACGGAAUUUGAUUCUCCACCGUCCCUCGCCCCACCCCCGCCCUACUCCCAUUCCCACACGGAGUCCCCCCAGGAAUGGAGAUACAGUGGGGGGAAUAGAUUGUACAAAGUUAAAAUAAGGAUCGAUAAAUUUAAAUCAAUGCCGCUAACUUUUUACAUCACUCUUUCGCGCAUUGUGGCAAAAGUUUUGCAGUUCGCGUGCUGGCGUUUGUUCGACAAAAGGCCCGUUCUAGCCCGUUCUGAUAUGAAUCAAAACCGGUGCAAAAAACAUUGUGGCCGCGUGUACGUACGUACAUUGCUGCGAGCAGCUGGGAGGAAUGGAAGUUGUACAAUGAAAAAAAAAAAACAGCCCCAUCCAGUCUGCUGCCACACUGGGUGGGUAGCGUUUGAAAUCGGCUUACCCUGCUACAGGACGCCACGCGAUCACCGUACGCGAAUAAAUCAUAGUCUGCGAGAGGUGAAACGUAUGCGUUAUUUACCUAGCAGUAACGCACCGGAAAGCAGCUUUUGAGAAAGUCCAUAAUAAAAGUCGUAACAGCACGCGCCGAACUGCUCGAAAGCGUCUUUGGAUUGGUGCUGUUGGGGCUGAUAUUUUCUUUCGAAAGGAAUUAGUACACCCAAAAAAAGGGUACAUCGGAAGACUGCUGUGGGUUGCGCCGGAUGCUGCGCUGGCCUCUGCCGGUUGGUUCGUUCGAAACUUUCAUCAAAAAAGGGUCUAGCUACAUGGAAUUUAACAGGAAUUCGGCUGCGGUCGCACCAACAAGCACUUUUCUUACGCACGACCACCGCUUUCCCGGAAAGCGCCCAUACGGGCAAAGGGCGCAACUGCCACGUACAACAAAGGAAGCGCACCCGAUACAAAAGCAUUUGAGCAAAAUGAUUCUACGUUUUCGGUGAAGUCCAUAUUUUCCUCGUCCUUCACCGCACAUCCCAACUCCUUCAGUCGACCCACUGUAAAUAACGUUGUAAAUACAAAAUCCUAUACCACACCCCAACCAACAGCAACACCGACAGAGGGAUGAGGGCUACUUGCAACAUAAACCCUGCGUCAGUGGGGAAGAAAUCACAAAUAAAACGAACUUUAACAGACAACUAAGUGUGCCAUGGAGGGAAUGAAGAAAGCGAUCGUUAGAAAGAGAGAGAGAGAGGCAGAGAAAGAGAGUUACACCAGGCGUGAGAAAGAAGGACCCAGAGCGAGGGAUGCUCCGGGAAGAAGCAGAAUAAAAACCACGAAUUUGCAGUGCCCGGAUGUGGUUGAGGAAAGUUGUAAGCAUUUUUAUAAUAAUGAAGAAAAUAUGCAAAAACUAGUAAAUACAAAUGACAUUCAGCAAAAAGGAAGAGGAAAUCAGAUUCCGCUAAAUGGGCGAAAGUGAAGCAAGAUGGACGAUACAACAUAGCAAAUGGGGCAGAUGUGUAAAGUGGGUAAGAUGUUUUAAGGUACUAUUAGGUUGAAUAAAUGAAUAAAAUGAGAAAAUUGAUAAA